AACUUUUAAAGUAUUAUAGAGUACUAAAUAACUUUUAAAAUAUUAAUAAUAUAUUUUCAAGAGAGUAAUAAUACUGUGACGAGGAAAUAUAAUGUUAGUAAUUCAUUUGAUAAACAUCUUUACAUCCGCAACAAAUUGCAGGCACAGGUUGAAUCCAAAAUGGUGGUCGUUUGUUGUGGCUUUCAAGUGAAUUGUUAAAUAUUGAAACUUCAUGCGUGUUAUGUUUUGAGUGUUUCCAAUAAUCUAAUUGGACCAGAAUGGAUGAAAAAGAAAUACCUGAGAAUCUCGGUGAAAACGACAAUGAGACCGGUGAUGGGAUAAAUACGACUGACAUAAAAGAAGUAAGCGAAAAUAAUUGUACUAAAAGUGAAGAAAAUAGUGAAUGUGGACCAAGUGAACCUAAUAGUAUACAAAAUCAUCUAGAAUGUGACGUUAUCAAAAGUGAUAUUGUAGAAAAGAGUGAAAAAUGUGACGAACAAGGUGAUGUAGAAGUAUCUGUCAGUGUUGGUGAUGAUACAAAAGAUAUAGGAGAGAUUCAAAAAGAGGAACUUCAAGAAAUCUCAGAAUUAGACAAUGAAUCAGUAGAGCCAGAAAAAGAAAUACAAGAUUUAGAAAAGCAAGUUUUAGACUCAGAUUCAAAACAUGAUGUCCCUCUGGAGAAACCUAGCUUGUGUGAUGCUAAUGAAGGAGUUUCUAAAUCUGAAAUUAGUGAAGAGCUUGUUGUUAACAAUGCCACAGACCCCACUGUAUCAAAAGAACUAUUGGAAGAAGAUAGUGCAGUUACAAAAUUAGAGACUGAUGAAACCCGCAAUGCUGAAUGUAUAGAGGACAUAAAAUUAAGUAUUGACAACCCUGAUACUGAAAAUUCUGAAUGUAUAGAAAACAUAAAAUCAAAUAUUGACAACCCUGACACUGAAAAUAAAAGUCCUAAUAUAGAAAGUAUAACAAAAGAACCGAGUCAAGAACAUGCAAAUGAGGCUAAUGAAGAGGAUUAUGAAAAAAGGGAGGUCGGCAAACCCGAGUUUGAAACAGCCCCUAAUGUGUCUAUGGAUGAUCACCACGAAGAUCAUACACAGGCUCUAGACCCAUUUGAUGCUCUUUUGAAAGACCGAACAGAUGCAGCGGAAACAUCAGAGACAGCCACUCAAGCUGAUUUGUCCUCAAUUAAUAUAGAUGAUGAUGAUCACCACAACGCCGAUGAUGCCCAUGAUAUGAUUCCUGAUGAUGAAGAUGAACAUCAUCCGGACGAUGAGAGUGGAAUACCAGUUAUAACAGAGCAACCAGGAGCUGAUGAAGAGGUAUGCUUGUUACCCGACACCGAAAGAGAAAUAUCUGAGGCUGAUAAAGCGGCUGCUGAAAAGGUUUUAGCUGAGAAGAGAAAAAGAGAUGAAGAAGCUGCACUUGCAGAAUUGGCUAUGCCCAAAGAGGAAGCUGAAGCGAGUGAAUCUAAUGAAGGUGUUGCAGAAGAACAGGUGCAGGAAGAUGUAAACGAAAGUCUGGAAGGGGAGGGGGAGGGGGAGUCUGAAAUAUCCACGGGAGAUGCUUCACAGGAUAAUGUAGGGGAAAAAGAAAACGAUCAGGAAGAUGCAGUCGAUUACGAACAGGAAGAGCCAGAACCUAACUCAAUUCGACAAAUAAGCGCCACCGACUCCGUCUGUGUACAGUGUAACGAAGAGAAGUCAUGUCAGUACAGAUAUUCAGACAAAGACGGAGCCGUACAUUAUAUAUGCGUUCUCAGUUGUGUUAAAUUGUUCCAAGCGGCGCACGCGGGGCAGUACAUCGUUGUAAAUAAAAAAUAUAUGGUCGAAGAAAUUGCACCCAAAAUACUGACGUGCUCGGAAUGCGAGGAGAAAAAGACAUGCUACUUUUAUUACAACUUCGACGGCGAAGACACGAACUACUGUUCAGUAGAGUGUCUGCACAGCAUGAUGGCGGAUGAAAGAGACAAGUACACGUUCAAAAGACGAAGGAUCACCGUCGAGGAAAAGUCGCCCAAGGAAGAUCAAUGUUGCGUCUGUGAGAGCACCAAGGAGUGUAUAUAUAGUUUGACGCGCUACGGACAACAACUUUGGAUUUGUGAACAAACAUGCCUCAGGGCGAUCAAUUGUAAAGAAAACGGCAGGUAUUUAUUGAGAAAGAAGAGAGUGCAACGAGUGCAAGCACAAAAACCCGUCAAGACUAAUCCGCCCCUGCUGAAACUCAAAGUUAUUAGUAAUGCGACUGAUAAAUAUUUAGACGAGGCUUACAAAGUGCAAGGAAAGACGCCGGCGAUGGUUCAAGCGGCCAGGGAAGAGAGGGAACGGACGUUUAUAAGGUCUUGCAUGAAUUGUCACAUGAUCCUCAAUAAUGAGGAAAAAAUGCUAACGUGGGAAGCUAUGGACUAUUGUAACGAGACAUGUCUGGGAAGAUAUCAGAAUAAAUUCGGUUCCAAAUGCACCAAUUGCAAAGUGCACGUGCAGCAUACGAGCAUAGGGAAGUACUGCGUCAGGUUCGGAUAUAAUAUACGACAGUUCUGUAACUCGGCGUGUUUGGAGGACUUCAAAAAGGGUUUGAAAAUUUGUUGUUACUGUCAGAAAGAUAUAUCGGACGGCAGUCAAGGGUUCCUAGCGCCGGUGGGCGACAAGGGCCAGUUCAAAGACUUCUGUUCGCAGCUAUGUAUGGAGAAGUUCGACAAGAUGAGCAAGAACCCAGUUCCUAGGCCUGUUUGGGCGAAGUGCGCGGUCUGUUCGCUGGAGAAAGCUACCACAAUCGAGGUGGAAGUCGCUCCCGAUGAAUCACAAAGACUGUGCUCCGAUCCUUGUUUUGCUGCUUUCAAAUUCGUCAACAACAUUUUCCCUGAUCAGUGCCGAUGGUGUAAAAUAUAUUUUGAGAGGAAAAUAAGUCAAUUUUUUACGAUAUACGAGGGUUCAUCACCCCAGUGUUUCUGUUCCAAGUCCUGUAUGAAUAUCUAUAUAAGUAAUUCUAGGCACAUAGUACCCUGUAACUGGUGCAAAGUUAAAAAGUACAAUUUCGAUAUGAUCAAACGCGUCCAACCCAACGGCCAGGACAUUAUGAUGUGCUCCGUAAACUGCCUGAAUCUAUAUCAAGUGUCCAUCAACGCUGUGUCCUCGAGGAGAACGAAAUGUGACCUGUGCAAGAAUUCUGCUCUGGCUCAAUAUCACCUCACCAUGUCCGACGCCACAGUCCGAAACUUCUGUACAUACCAGUGUGUGAUGACAUUCCAGGGACAAUAUUCAAAACAACCGGCCCCGUUAAUGUCUGGAGAUUCUAUCGACCAACAGAAAGCCGUUCCCACGGGCGCCCCCAGGCGCACGUAUAACGCGAACACUCACAAAAAUAACACUAUGAAGUGUCAAAACCGAUCCGGUUCAGGCAUGCCGGUGAUAUCCAACGUGCAGUCAUUAGCUGCGCCGCCGCCUCUAGUGCCUACGAACGCUCGCAACAAGACCAAACGAGUAACACCCGAGGAGAACGCGGCGGAGCCCGCCAUCCCGCAACCGCCUAGACCGCCCACACCCCCACCACCGCCCCCCAAGAUAUACAACCACGUGAUCGUCAAGACCCUCCCGCCACAGGAAGUCGCCAACAAAGCCACUAUGUCCAAACCCAUGAUGGUGUCCAAAGGAGUGUCGUGUAGACCCCAUCCAUGUACGAAAGAGUGUCAGACAGACCCCAGCCUGGAGCGUCGUGUUCUGAUACCGGUUCCAGUUCCUAUAUACGUUCCGGUCCCCUGUGUGAUGUGGUCGCUUCCGUUUCCGGUCCCCGUGCCCAUACCGAUUCCCAUACCGACGCCGGUGUUCAUACCAACUACGAGGAAUUCGGCUAAGGGCAUAAUGAAAGAAAUUAAUAAGAUCCAUGACAAAAUGCCGACGGAUCCCUUCGAGGCUGAACUACUGAUGAUGGCGGAGAUGGUGGCGGGAGACAAGAAGAAGGAUCACAGCGACUCGGACACCGAGGACGAGAACGAGGAAGGUUUCAGUCCGGUGGCCGGUAUGGACGGUAACAAUGCGUUCGGCGAGGACGUGCUGCAGAUGGCAUUGAAAAUGGCCACCGAGUACGAAGACCAGCCCGUGGACCUGGAGUCAGCUAUGACCGCCAACACCAUCACACCCAGCUCACAUCCCGGAAUGCCAGGUCUAGAAGGCGAGGGCAUGCACCAGCACCAUAUGAUGGUACUGGAACAGCAGCGCGCUGUGGCGGCCCUGCGCGCAUCUAGCGUGGGCGGCGUGGGCGUGGGCGGUGUGGGUGUAGGCGUGGGCGUUGCUCGGAAACGAGCGCCCGCGGUUGCGCCUCGUGGGCGACCCUCCAAGCGACGGCGGGAGCCAGCGCCCGCGCCGCCGCCCGACCCGCCUCGCGAACCACAGGAGAAACCGGAUGCUAAUAUGUGUCUUAAGUACACUUUCGGCGUCAACGCGUGGAAGCAAUGGGUGAUGACGAAGAACGCAGAAAUAGAGAAGAGUUCGAUAAGACGAAAACCUUUUAAAUCUGAAAUAUUACAGCUGACGGCCGACGAGUUGAACUAUUCCCUUUGUUUGUUUGUUAAAGAGGUGCGGAAACCUAACGGCAGUGAAUACGCACCGGACACUAUUUAUUAUUUGGUUUUAGGAAUUCAACAGUAUCUGUUUGAAAACGGUAGGAUAGACAAUAUAUUCACGGAUCCAUAUUACGAAAAGUUCACCGACUGUUUGGACGAAGUUGCUAGAAAAUUUUCAGUUUUAUAUAACGAUUCCCAGUACAUCGUGACCCGUGUGGAGGAGGAGCACCUCUGGGAGAGUAAACAACUCGGCGCACACUCUCCACACGUGCUGUUGUCAACUCUAAUGUUCUUUAACACCAAACAUUUUAAUCUAGUAACGGUAGAGGAACACAUGCAAUUAUCAUUCUCACAUAUAAUGAAGCACUGGAAGCGAAAUCCCAACCAGCCGGGACAAGCCAAAAUACCCGGCUCUAGGAACGUUCUGCUCAGAUUCUACCCUCCACAGUCAGCUCUAGAGGCGAAUUCAAGAAAAAAGAAAGUUUAUGAACAACAAGAGAAUGAGGAGAACCCGCUGAGAUGUCCCGUUAAAUUAUAUGAAUUUUAUAUAUCGAAAUGUCCCGAGUCAGUCCGUACAAGAAACGACGUAUUCUAUCUACAGCCCGAGCGUUCCUGUGUUCCUGACUCGCCGGUGUGGUACUCCACACAGCCUCUCAGUAGAGCAGCACUCGCUAAGAUGUUACACAGAGUUAAGAUGGUUAAAGAGAUAAACAUCGCACUGCUCACCAGCUAAGAUUUCACAGUACGACCAUACGUCGUCUAUAAAAUUAAAUUGGCAGCCAGUCCUAAGGCAGUUUCGUGGAGCGUCAAUCAAACUUUCGGGAUGUGUCGCGACAGUAGUUUCCAUACGGUUGCAAUGUUGGAUACAAUGUAUAUUUUUUCUACUUUGUAUAUCAGUCUGUGAAUGAACGCUUCGACAUAAUGCAACAUUGUUUAUGAUAGAUUUUUUUUUUUAUAACGUUGCCAUGUGUUAGACGCGCCAGUGUUCCGUGCUGGUGUGUACAGAUUCUUUGUUUAAUCUCAUUUUUAUUGGAACAUAUACAAACAAUGAAACAUGUCUAAUACACAAAUUAGUUGAAUACAUAUUUAUCAUUGUGAUUGUUUUUAGUUUGAAACGUUGAAAAUUGUAAAUACCGACGCCAGGCGGAUGCAACAUUCGAUAGCUGGAAAUGUACAUAGAUACAUUUUUAUUAUUUAACUGUAAAGUUGUAAUAAGUUCAUAAAAUUAAUUUUCCACGGUGUCAGGACGUGAAUUUAUCGAAUUCGUGUAAUAUUGGAUUAUAUUAUGACGGAUCUAGUGAUAAGCAAAAAAAUUCCAAGAUUAUAGUGAGGUACGAUGCACACUUAUGUUGUAUUGGCAUCGUUUUAUAAAUCGUAAAUAAAUAAUAUUCUCACACAUUGACAUUUUUAUUGAAAUGAAUAUUAAUAUAAGUGAGAAGUCAUAUUCAUAUAUUUUAAGUUUAUUAUAAGAGUCAGUUGAGAGGUUGAGGUAGUUUAUUACUGAGUAAAAAAAAAAUACUGAUUCUCGUAAA